AUGACAAGUGGGGAGGGCAUCAACGGAGAGGGAGGACUCGAUAAGAAGCAGCUCGAUGCCUUCUUCGAGGACGCGGAAAUGAAAAGCGACUUUGGAACUACGUUUGAACGGGAUGGAGUCGAUUUCCAAGUCCCACCCACUUCGACACCCAUCGACCGCACUGUUUCCGCUGUUUGCCGCAUAUUGAAAUUGCUCAUCUCACAGCUGCCAGUGAGGUUCGGAGAUCCCGACGACGACGGCAGAGAAAAAAACGAAACCACAAAGCUUCACUCGCUUAUGCGCCGAGUCAUUCUGUCUCUCGGGGAGGAAUCGGCAAAGGCAGCGGCAGGAGUAUUUGAGGCGCACCUUUCGCAAUUCUCGGACCCACAGGUGCUGGAGAAUGACAUGGAUUUUGUUCUUGAUAUCCUUGACUACUUCUCCAAACUUACCGGAUCCUGCGCCAUUGAGGGGCUCGAGCUGGCGACCGAUCCUACCCCAGCUGACCUUUCGAUCACCAUCUACCGGGAGUGCGUCGUGUUGUCUAUGCUUCGAUCGGUGCUGGAUUCUAGAAGCUGGGCACGCGACACAUUCCGCGACUGCGGAGGCUUCACAAGCUUGACAAGGAUUGUGCUAAGCCUCAAGGGUGUGGCCAACAGUAGCGAUGGUGGUUCAGAAGAAGGUUUUGCCUCGUUGGUAAAGCUACUUCAACAUAUCCUUGGUGUCGUGGAUGCGGCCAAUGGAAGCAAGGCUCGCACGACUCGCUCGUCAGAUGUAACGGCCAUACUUGUUGACCCAGUGUCAUCCCAGCGAGCACUGGCUACACCAGCAGCAGCAAAUCGAUUUUAUCUGAGACGGCGAGGUUUCUACCUUGACCUGGCAGCUUCUCUUGUUGUUACGGGGGCCCUUGACACCGAAGAGAAGGCAGAGAGUCUCUUUGAUGUGGCAAUGGGACAUAUGGAUCCCCAGAUGAAAUUCUCGGACGCCGCCAACGGUGGCGACAAAGGCGCAAAACCGGAUAUUUGGAUGCUUCGAAACCCAGACGCAAUUCGCCUCGUCCUUGCGCUUGCAAUGCUCACGCCCAGUAGUGCUGCUCACGGGAAGGAAAUGUCAAAGAAAGUCUUGGACCAGAUGCUCGAACUGUGCACCGACGAGCACACGGGUUCGACACUAACACAAUUUGCAACCACUGGAAUGUGCUGGUCAUUGACCAAUCCAAUGGAAUUUGCUCCGCUCUUUGACGACGCGACACACCACCUUCACACGAAGUUUGUGACCCUGCUGAGAAAGAUAGCUGCCUUCAGCAUGUCGCACUCGGAUUUUGUGUCGCUGCUGCGAUCUGUGGCAGGUCCUAUUCUCAAGGACGAGAGCGUGGGUCGUAUCAGGCUCCCUGUGAUCAGUUCGUCCGUUGCUCGUUCCGCACCUCAGCCUGCGCUGUUAAGCACAUCUUCAGAAGCAUUCAAAGAAAAGGACGAUGACUUUUGCAAACGCCUGAAGUCGCUCUGUGUGAUUGCAGAGAAGGGCGACCGGGCUCCUUUGUGUCGAGUGGGUGGUGACACAAUUAACACCAUCGCCGUGCUACUGCACCAAACAAAGCUCGAGGAAAGACUGUAUGCUUGUGCUCAUGAGGGGCGCCUCAAAUUCAUGGAGAUUGAGAGCAUUGAUGGCUCCGCCCUUACCUCCGAAGGAUUGGCUUCCGCAGGCACAGUCGCACCAGUUUCCGGCCAGGGUAGUGAAAGAGUUUGGACGCCGCUCGCUAACUCAGGAUUCUCGUACUCGAUGUGGCUACGACACAGUGCGAUGGGCAAAGAUAAGACUCUUGGAAACUUGUACGUGCUGGAUAUCUCGAGUCCUGCUUCGGCGCAAACCGACGGACAGAGCUCUGUGUUCCUUUCGGUUUGGUACGACGUUCAAAACAUGACCUUCAACGUCGUUACUUCAGCUUCAAACAAGAGUGACCCCAUCAGCUUUCCAGUAUCACCGUUAACCCCAGAUGUCUGGCACCAUAUCUUAUUGACAUUCACUCCGCCAAAGAGGCAAGGAAUGAUGUCGAGGAAGGCCAUGUUGAAUCUAUUUGUUGAUGGACGUCCACUGGAGGCUGAUGUGAAGGUGGAGAGCGUCAAUCUACCCCCAAAUUCUAAGGUCAUCAUCGGUGCCCCAAAUCCAACUUUGGCAACCAGCGGCAUUAUCAGAGGGUCCAUGCCUCACUGGGAGGUUGGAUCUGUGCUGAUGCUCUCAACCAUCUUGCUGGAUUUGGACGCAACAGCAAUCUUCACGUUCGGCCCAGACUUUCCCGGUCUCUUCUGGGGCGAUCGACCCCAGAGGCUGUCCCUAGCUGCAACGGGAACUACAACUUUCUCCAUGCUUGCCGAGAACGGUGAAAGAGGAAGUGUUGCGAGUGCUUUGCGACGCCGAGACUUGUCAAGAUUGGAGGUUGCUGGCCUGAUCGCCAGAAAGGGAGUUGACGCUCAAAGAGUCGAAGACAGAGACUCGCUUGCCUCUUUGGGUCUCCUUUGCACUUUGCCACCGGAAUGCAUUGUGUUUGGCUAUCGCUCAAGCACUGUUACUCAUAAAGUACAGUCGGAGAGUCGCAGAAACGAUUACGCCCCUGAGCGUCUUGUGAACUUGGCAAGAAUCAAUGCUACGAACGAGACAGCUUCCACCGACGCAAUCGUACAUGGAAAGGCCAGCGUCGUGGCUCCAAAUUGCUUUGCGGACAACCUACAGUGGGUCGGCGGACCAUCGGUUUUACUCCCUGUUGUGAAUGCAACUCGAUCGGUUCGGUCCAUCGCGCUCUCCCUUCGCCUUAUUCGAGCCAGCACACACAGACACACUCCAAACCUCCAAAUGAUGCAAGCUGGGGGUGGCUAUAGAAUGCUUGCUGUGUUGCUAAAGGAGAAGCGCGUCGUUGACGAGAGGAUUCUGGACCAAUGCAUGGCCUUCGCUGUGCAUGGAUUCUACUCUUAUCCCAGCAAGGAAGAGAAGGAGCAGGACGACGACGAGCAAUUCACAGCCGUCGUUUCUGACUCCAGCAAGUGGGUCUUCUCUGAUCUUGACGCAAUGAAAUACCUGCUGCUCAAUCACCAAGUCUGGGACGCAAGGUUUUCCGGUCCUCAAAUUCCCAUUCGGCUACUCUCGUUUUUGAAUCGCUUGGUUGGACAUGCAGCGGUACACAAAGCCUUCAAUGCUAGGAGGUUGCAUUUGCUUGGUAUUGUGCGAUGGGCAUUGCACCUCAUGCUGGAUGCUGCAGACUUGUACAAUAUUGGUCAUUAUGUCAAACAUGCGUCUCCCGACGAUACCUCUGUGAACAGAACUGCUGCCGGAAGCAGCUGGUACUGUGAAGCUCCAGCGGUUGACGAUGUUGCAGUUGGAGGGGAUCCAGGCAAUCCCUUCUUGCAAGGGUGCAAAACUUUGCUUCGUCGUGUUUUGACGUUCAUGUUGACCCCAGGAGACUUGGAGGCUGUUGCAGAAGCCGUCAUGUAUACGGUUUCAAGCAGUGCGUCGUCCGCCAAAGGAGGCGAUAAGAAAAGGGGCCGCGGAGGCGACUCAGACGCUGGCCUCUUGUUGCCCGGUCAAAUUGUACGAGUUUACCUCGUCAGACUCUUGGAGGAGCUCAUUGUGGAUGGCGUGAACGAGAUUGUGGCAUCAGCGGUUGCUGGCGACAGCAAGGAACAACCUGUUCGACCCCACGCAGGUGGCAUCGCGAACCAAACCAAGUCGUACCUAUCAACAACUGUAUCAAGGGGUCGCCUGCCUGACGGCGAUUACCACCCGAAACAUCCCCAGGUUCAAAACUUUCUCAAGGCGUUCGCUCGGGUUUUAACACCUGUUUGGUUUGCUUCUCUGCUGGAAGGCUGCCAUGACCAAGCGUCUGCCUCAGCCGUCCUUCGGCUGAUGAUUUUGAUGCUUCAGGGCUCUGAGUCCUUCGAGGACGCAUUCGAGGACUCUGGUGGAUUCGCCCCCUUGGUGCUCAGUAUUCCCAAGUUUUCAACUUGUCCUGGGAUCAACAUGGCCAUGCUCAGUCAGCUACUGCACGUCCCAAUUCUUCAUCUCCCCUGCUUUCCAACUCUUGACGCAGAGCAGCUGUACGAAGUUUUUGACUCUGAAAGUGAGGAGCCUGACGAAGUGAUCAACGAAGACGGAUCUGAUCCGUCCUGUGGAAUAUUUGCCCUCUUGGCAGAGUGUCUUGGUCGAAACAUCCAGCUCGCGCUUGCCGAGAAUGAACAGGGAAGAAAAGCCAGCGAAACAAACAAAGCAGUACUACAGUUGUUGAAGAACCGACACACAAACUCACUCUCCUUCCAGCAGUUCUGCUGCACACCGGCGUUCCUUGAGCCUUUGUCACAGGCUUUGUGCCUCAUUCACGACGAAAAGCUACAGCUACAGCAACGCGCAGGUGGGUCGCCUCGAAUUUCGGAUACGUUCGAGCCGAGGUACAGCAGGAGUGCCUCCCGUCGCGGUAAUCUUGCUGAUGUUCCGAAGAACGUGACUCCAACGGAGCGCUUCAUAGGAAAACCAGAGGAGACAGGGAGCACUGGAGUCGGCAUGGUAGAAAUGAUUCGAUUGGUUGUUUCACACGCUGUAAUGACAGGCCCAUUUGCGGCGCCUCUGGUGAGCGCGCUCUUCAAGUCCUUCCCCAUUCACGCAUCGCCGGAACAAGUCGAAGCUUUCCAUCUCGUCCUCAUUGACCUUUGCAAAGCAGUGGUUGAAGAAGCCUUGCAACACGGAGACAGCAUCGCUCUUGCCAACUGCAUCGGGGUGAGCUCGGUGCUUCUUGACCAACUCAUGGCGGGUUUCUUCACAUCAGAGCACGUUCUGGAGGCUGUUCGCAUGAUUCUGUCCAUUCUUCAGUGCAUCACGACUACGGAAUCCUUCGCGGCUAGCCAAUUGGAUGCCUCGGAACAGUCCAUGUUGAAUCUGGACGCGGCACACAUGGCCAGGCUUACUUGUGUUGCAGCUCUUCGCAACAGUCGUCCAACUGGGCCCGAGGAUGUGGGAGACCAAGACUUGCAGCUGGCCGUUCUCAAGCAAAUAUCGUCAAAUAUUCAGUUUUUGAUGUUUUCGGCAAACAUUGGUCAGUCGUCAAGAAGUCGGACGUCGAAUAACUCCUUGCUCAGACCGCAGCCGGGGACAAAGCUCUUUCCGCUUUGGCAGUCAAGCAGUCUCGUGCGAUGUGCCCCACCAUGGAAAGUGUGUAUGUACCCAGAUCUAGCGGAGACGGAUGAACCGGACCGGAUGUUCGUGGUACCGCUCAUGGUUGAGAUCAAUAUGCUGCUUCUGGAUUCGAGGGAAGUAAUUCGGGACGAAUCAAUUGCCGUGGUAGUUGCGCUGUUGCAGCUACGUAGAGGAAUCAUGUCGGAGAUUCUAAUUGCCGAGAUCCGCCAUGGGGACCGCAAGGAGACUAUUGACGUAAUGAAUCGAGGUGGCUUCAGCGCGCUUCUUGCUGCCCAUGAAGCUGCAUCUGCAUCGGGAAACCUUGCAGCUGGCGGGGCUGGCAAGCGCAAGUAUGGCGCUUUUUUUGAGUGGCUGGAACGCAAUGAAGCGAAGGUGCAACUUAUUUUUGAGCUUGUGAACACAGAAGCAGCUCGUUUGUUGCCAGGGUUGGAGUCCGGUGCUGCUACACCUCAGGAAGCAGUGGAAAACGAGCAGAAACUCAUGCUUUUGAAGCUGACGUCACAAGAUUCUUCAGACCGUACAAUUUUGGGCGGAUUGGAGAGAGCAGAGCUAGCUCAAAGAGCGUACGACAAAACAGCAGAAAGUCACUCCUACUGGAAGCGCCAGGGAUUUGACGACCUGGCUUCAGGUGCCAUGCAAUGGAAGUUCCUUCUGAGGCAAUUGAAGGGUUCUUGUACCAUUUGGGAAGGAGGCAGGAGCUACGAAGAAAUAACCUUCUCAAAAUGGAAGCAACAGUUCUACUCGAUGUUGAAGAAGAAGAGCAAGCAUUCACGCAAGCUCUUCGAGCAGGGACUUCUCAGUGGCAUGGCUGCACCCGAGCUCAUCAAGAGGUGGAAACUUGACCUGUCUGAAGGCCAUGAGCGUCAGCGAAGGCGCAUGUUACCAAACUACGAGUUCCAUGGUCUUUAUAACCUUGACGAACUCGAAGACGACGACGCUCCGCCUGGAUUGAAGCAAGAGGAAGAUCAAUCGAAGUCAAUGAACCUUUCUAUGGAUAGCAUGUUCAUGUCACAGGCAGAUUUCUUGCGUGGUGCUGAAUUCGAAGCCACGGCUGAUCUGUUGAAGGAAAUGAAUCUGAAGAGAGCCACUCACAAGGACGAUGACGAUGAUUACUACGAUGAAGCGGACGAGAACCAGACCGAAGCGACAGCGGCAACAAGCAAUGACGGUAGUUCCAUCGCGACCAAGGAAGACCCCGAACCUGGCCAAAGACAGGACCGCGAAUCCAACGCACCUGCUCAGAACCAACAGCCACUCCCACCCCCUGAUGCACAACAGCAAGGAGGAGAAGGCGAUUCAAGUUAUGAAUUGAUUACUGGGUUGCUGCAAGCUGGGGACUGGCCUUUGAAGUCGUACAACGUCAGACGUUGCACGGGUCUGGAAGUCAGACAAGGACUGCUGCUUUGGUGUCGUGAUGCUGUGUAUAUCGUUGAUGGCUUUGAGCAGAGUGGCGGUGACGGUCUGGACGGAAAGAUCACCAGGCUGGAGAAAGAGCAAAUCACUUAUAACAUCAACCUGAAGUCCAAACAUGGCAAAGGAGCCGAUGCAGAAGCAGAACCAGAGUCCGCCCAAAAGAAUGAAUCCAAGGGAGAAAAGGCGUCCGCGGACAACCCGAAUGAAGUCACGUAUCAGCACAGGAGUCAGAGAAUUGCAUUCAACGAACUACACUCUGUUUUCCCUCGAAGGUAUCAGUUGCAGCCUAUCGCUCUUGAGUUCUAUGACUCCAACAAUUUCGGCACGUUGAUUUCUUUCACAAACAAAGCCGAGAGGGAGGAGGUUCUGACCAAAGUCCUCCAGUCGCCCCUUCCGAACAGCAUUUUCAGUUCCAGUUAUGGGUCCUACAUCAACUUCAAGAAGUUCAUGAACAGUCUGAAAACGAAGAUCGUUUCACAGUGGACCAGCGGGAAGAUUUCCAAUUUCGAUUUCCUGAUGCAGCUCAAUUCUUUUGCUGGAAGGUCUUACAAUGACUUGACUCAAUACCCUGUCUUCCCCUGGAUCAUCGCUGACUACGACAGUGAAGAAAUCGAUCUGAAUGAUCCCAAGACAUUCCGAGACCUCUCGAAGCCAAUGGGUGGCUUGAACGAAGAGAGAGCGCACCAGUUCAGAGAACGAUAUGAUGCGCUCGCCUCUUGUUGUUUUGAUGAGAACGAUCCACCACCGUUCCACUACGGUACACACUACUCGUGUGCUGCGUAUGUACUUUACUAUCUGAUGCGGAUGGAGCCUUUCUCCCGUAUGGCAGUGUCUCUUCAAGGUGGUCGUUUUGAUGUCGCGGAUCGUCUUUUCCACGAGGUUGGCAAGAGCUGGAGGAGUUCCAGUCAAGAGAAUCUUCAGGACGUUCGUGAAUUGAUCCCAGAGUUCUUCUACCUACCAGACUUCCUAUCGAACACCAACAACUUCGAUUACGGAAUGACUCAAAAGGGAAAGCAGGUGCAUGAUGUUGUUUUGCCAAAAUGGGCGAAAGGAGACCCGAAGAGGUUUGUCCGAAUCAAUCGCCAGGCUUUGGAAAGUGAAUAUGUCAGCAAGAAUCUCCACCAAUGGAUUGAUCUUGUGUUUGGGUACAAGCAGCGGGGGCAAGAAGCCAUCGAUUGCUUGAACACUUUCGUUCAUGUUACUUACGAAGGAGAAGUUGAUCUAGAGUCCAUGACGGACCCAGUUCAACGCGCUUCCACUAUUGCUCAGAUCGAGAACUUUGGGCAAACACCAAGCCGCCUGUUUCGAAAGCCAUUCCCUCAAAAGACUGUCUACAGGUCAUGGAGAGAUCGCCAUAUUGAAUUUGGAAACUUGUCGUACCUGACUCCAUUAACGCCACCCCUUUGCAUUGUCGGAGCUCCACAGAGAGUUGCCUUGAAAGUGAUAUCAAAGGAAACCUGCAAGUUGGGUGUUCUUGAGGACUCUGACAGGCCAGUGGGAGACUUGUGCCUGCAGAAGGGGCAGCUUGUGGGUGUUGGAAGUAUGUGCGCACUGAACAUUGCCUCGAAAAAGUAUGUGCGCUUUGGAGCCCCCAACAAUGGUAUUAGUGUGCACGUGGCUGCUCCUUCAAUACGCCAACGUGAGCUGAACAAGAUUUACAGUAUGCACGAUGGCUUGCACCGAGCGCCGAUAUGUGCAGCGAGAGCAUCAUUGAAUGGUCACUGGCUUGUGACGGGCUGCAUCGAUUCAUCUGUCCGUGUCUGGUACUGGAAAGACAUGAGCGUGGAACUGCGCGCUACUCUUUGUGGCCACGAAGGUUCGCAAGUGAAAUGCAUCGAUGUCAGCACCGAGUUUGGUAUCAUUGUCACUGGUUGUGAUCACGGAAGGGUUAUUUUGUGGGACCUGCGAACGCUUACCUUUGUUCGACAGUUGCGGUUCAAUACAGACGACAACAAGAAAAUUGAUGCCCUGUGGUCUGGGAACCCAGUUGUCUCUGUUUCCGUCAACAACAAAAAUGGAAACAUUGUUGCCCUGGUUGGUCUCGAUUUGUGUGUUUUUGACGUGAAUGGCAAUCGAUUGGCGUCGUGUGGUCCUUUCAAGGACAAUAGAGCGACUUGUGCAAUUUCAACAGACGGCCCCGAAUGGAUGGACCAAGGAGUUGUCGUUGUGACAGGGCAUGAGAACGGAGAAGUCAAACUGUGGAGCAUCGACUACGAUGAGCAACAAUUGAUCCUUCGCCACGUCCUAAUGGAUAGCCCGCACAUGAGUGCCAUCACAGCGCUUCGUGUCACUGGUGUUGAACGACAAGAUACCCUACUUAUUGGAGACAAGUCUGGGCUUAUGAGCGUUUGCAAGUCUGUGACGCUCGAUACUUUCAGCAACGACGAGCUUGCGGUGGUGGUUGCGGAGCUCCAAUCUGGCAUGAAGCAGGUACAAAAGCCAGGGGAAGCGCUGAUGUAA